AUGGCGAUCCCUGUCAAAUCUCCUGUCCCCACAAUUGGAGGACUCAGCUUGAGGCCAGAUAAGCCAGCAGGACUUCCUGGGAUCCGAGCAGAGGAGGAGGCCAGGAGGCAGACGAGUGAUGCAAUCCGCGGGAAGCGAAGGAGAGGACAAGAGGGCGACAGGAAGGAAGGGAGGGAAGAGAGGAAGGAGGAACUUGUUGCUUCUGGGGAUCCAGCUCUCCAGGAAUGUGCUGAUGGUCACGUCCCCACGCAGUCGCGGGGAGAGAGUUGCAUUGUGGGAAAACUCUGCGGAGGAGCAGUGGUGGUCUUCUGGUGUCGCACCUCUCACAUCCGCAGAAAACUGAUCCGGAAUCAGCCUGAUCUGCACCGGAUGUCUCGCGAGGGGUUUCCACAGGAAACACACCGUCCGUCGCAGCGAGCAUUUGUGAAGGGCUGCCAUUUUAGCAAGCUUACGCACAAAUGCACCAUGAAGCGCAAAAUGGUCCAGCUCACCUCCAGGUCGCACCAGGACAACCUCCUGGCUUCUCUGCACCAGCUGAGGCUGCAGGGUCAGUUGUGUGAUGUCACCGUGCACGUGGACUUCCAGGAGGAUAAGCAGGAGUUCCGGGCCCAUCAGGUGGUGCUCGCAGCAUCCAGUGGCUACUUCAAGAACACCCUGCUCGUCCAGGAUGUAGCCCGAGACACUAUCACCCUCUCAAAUGUGCAUUCUGACGAUUUCUCCAAGUUUCUGGAGUUUGUGUACACGGGUAAAGUGGAAGUGGCCAGCAAAAAGAUCGCUGACGUGCAAGCAGCGGCCGAGUUGUUGGACUGUAAGGAUCUGUCAGAGGUUUGUGAUGAGGCCAUGCGUGCUGAGACUUCAGAACCCCCUAAAAAGAAAACGCCUCCAUCACAUGUUGCGGAUCAUUAUUAUUUACAGUCUGACGAUAAAGAGAAAGGGCCCAAAGGGAAGAAGCAGCUGGGCAGGAUAGUUCUGAAGCGGCAGCGCUCACCACAGAGCUCGGAGAAUCAAGUCACCGCAAAGACCUCUCGGGUGAAGAAAACAGUCACGAAUGAAAAAAGCGAAGGGGGACAGGUGCAGCAGAGGAAAUCCAGCAGCAGAAUCCUUCAGAGGCGUCUAAACGCUGCAAAAGAGACUUCGAACAGUGAAAAGCAAGUGACCAGCGAAGACACAGAGGAGUCUGAGGACGAGACUGAAGUCGAGGCUCAGCCAGAGAACGGAGCAGAGAGAGGAGAUGAGUCUUCCUGCAGAGUGCCGGGCUCUGAUGUGGACAAGUGUGAAAACGAGGACGGUGUGCAAAGUAAUCCUGAAGACCCUAUGUUAUCUGUGGAUGAGGAGGAUGAGGAGGAUGAGGAAGAAGAGGGAUGGUCCAAGGCGACGUCAAAAAGAACGUCCAAAGCCCAGUUCGAGUGUGACAAGUGCCAGCGGACCUUCCACUACGAGAGGAGCUACUUGAAGCACAUCAGCACGUACCAUGGAGUGAAGGCAGACAUGGUCUACCGCUGUGAGACCUGCCAGCAGACCUUCGCCAACCGCAGCAACCUGAAGAUCCACGAGAAGCACGUCCACAGCAGCGAGAGACUCUUCUCCUGCGCCUCCUGCUCAAAGUCCUUCAAACGGAAGAAGGAUGUCGUCCGCCACCAAAAACAGGUGCAUGAACGUAACAACAUGCGUCACGUCUGCCCCGAUUGUGGAAAGUCGCUCAGCUCCAAAACGGCUCUGCAGCUGCACGAGCGGAUACACACCGGCGCAAAGCCUUUUGGGUGCACUGAAUGCAGCGCCAGAUUUACCCAGAAUGCUGCUCUCAAGAUGCACCGCAGGAUUCACACAGGAGAGAAGCCUUUUGCAUGUGACGAGUGCGUUGCCAGGUUCACCCAGAAGCACAUGUUGGCUUAUCAUAAGAGAUCCCACACAGGAGAGAGGCCUUUCAUGUGUGAGGCGUGUGGGAAAAGCUUUGCAUCUAAAGAAUACCUCCGGCACCACUCCAACAUCCACACUGGCUUCAAGCCGUACAAGUGCGAGCAGUGUGGCCGAGGCUUUGCUCAGAGGAAUUCUCUUCACCAGCAUAUAAAGACACAUACAGGCGAGCGUCCGUACAGCUGUAAAGAAUGUCACAAGUGUUUUACCCAGAUCAACGCCCUGCAGAGGCACCAGCGUAUCCACACGGGGGAAAAACCCUACAUGUGUGGCCUCUGUAACCGCACCUUCACAGACAAGUCCACCCUGCGCAGGCACGCUAUGACUCACGACGCCGAUACUCCCUGGAAGACCUACCUGGUGGUUCUGGAGGGAAAUGUGGAGGACAAGAAACCCAAAUCCACCCUUAAGGGAAAGACAAAAAAAGCAGGAACAUGGGAGAAAACGAGCCCAUCCAGCAUAAGUGGCGACGGUGCUGCGACUGGUGACGCUGUUUCCACUGGUGCUGAAGGUGCCGCUGCUGAUGAUGCUGCCGGUAAAACCACCACAGAUUCCAUUGUGGUUCCCGCCGAGCCAGUCACUCUUUCGUCUGAUUGGACCAGCCAUGGAACCAUUGCUCUGGUCAGUCACGGCGGGAUCACCCUCAUCCACACCGAGGUGCCAUCUGGGACGCAGAUCCAGCCCAUCAUGACCACUGACGGCACAGGCACCAACCUCAUCUCCUUAGAUGGUUCCGCCAUACCCUUCUCUAUACCCGUCUCUAUGGCUCAUCCCAUCCCCUUGGCCUCCUCCACCUCUACCACCUCUUUGUCCGUACCCGCAGUUCUCUCCCUUCCCGUCUGUGACGCCACAUUGGCACCGGUCUCCGAGAUUCCAACGUCAUCCGUCCUGGAAGCUGCUGUGUCACAGACGAUUCUGUCUCCAGUGUCAGAGACCAAGAUCAACCAAUCACAACCUGAUAUUCAGACUGUGGUUUUGGCUGACAUGGUUUGUGGAAGCGAACAAAUGGCAGCCGUCGAUGGACAGGAAAAGGAAAAGACAGCAGAAAACUCUUUGGAUGAAAUUAAAAAGGCCGCCGAUCAAGACGCUGUGUAGAAAGUGGAUGUAAAUAUAAAGCUCUUUAUCUGGGGCCACGUUUCAACCCUUCAGUAAUGCAAGUUUUUCUGAAUGAGUAUUCUGACUAUGUCACAUCUGUGAUCUUCAGUGUUUACCACGACAUGUUGAGAUGUUUAGGUAUUCAGUGGGAAAUGCUACAUGCUUAAGAGAUGUAACUAAGGUAAAACCAAGCAUUGGGUAUUGAUAGCAAAUGGUUUGUUAAUGUACCGAAUAUUAUGUUGCAUAAAUGCGAUUGUUAGUUACCAAUAAAUAAUGGCAAACAUCA